AUGUAUAACCCAUUUGGAUCGGCCGUCGUGUUCCACAAAACAACAAAACAAAACAAAAACAAACGAUUCAAUAAAAAAAGGUUUUGGUUAUUAAUAAACGAAAAUGUGAGAUCUUUUCUUCCAAUUUGCAAUAAUGAAAGGUUACUUGCAAGAGGAGAUAAGAAAAGAUCAUUGGGUUUCGAUUUAUGCCCGCAACGGAACAUGAACAGCAUUGUAUCUCGCUGCUCUGAUCUCUCAUAGGACCCAGGACUUUAG